GCUGUAACUGCUUUUUUGGAGUGGAGUCAAAAUCAGCUGUGCUCAUUUUACAACACUACCGCGAGCCAGUUAAUGAUUACCCCGUGGGACCGGGAUAACACCAUGGACAUUGAUGAGGUGUAUGUGCAGUUAACACCGCUAAGAGAUGACAUAAAACUUGCUGGAACAACAAAAAAAAAGCUUGAAGAUUACAGUGAGAUAUUCGUAAGCCAUGGUCAUCAUCAAACUCCUAAGAGAAUUUUAGUGUAUGGGAGGCCAGGAAUAGGAAAGUCGACAUUGACAAAGAAACUCGCCGUUGACUGGUCACGAGGUAAUAAAGAAAUCCUGAAGAAGUUCGCUGUUGUACUUUUUAUCAAGCUCCGAGAUGUUUGCAGCACGCAAGAUUUCUCUGCUCUGCUAAAAAAGGCCGAACUCUUGUCUGCUGAUGACUGUGCGGUUUUUGGUCAGUUGUAUGAUUACAUUCAUCGUAACCAACAGAAAACCCUAAUUAUUUUAGACGGCUAUGAUGAAUACAGCGCCGAAAAAUCAUCGCCGGUUCAUCUGAUUUGGAAAGGCAGUCAAUUGAGAGAUUGCACCCUUCUUGUGACAACACGACCGCUGAAAAAAGAUGAGUUAAGACCAGGGAGUCAUGCUCAGUUUGAAAUUCAUGGGUUUUGUCUUUGGCAAAUUGAAAAGUUUGCUCUCAAGUUUCUUCGUGAUCAAACAGAAGUAAACGAGUUUACAAAAUUUCUGUUUGAACACGGCCUGUUGCACUUGGCGGAAAUACCACUCCUACUGUUAAUGUUGGUUCUAAGCUGGAAGAAAUAUCAAGGACCAUUAACAUCCCGCUCAGACCUGUAUUACAAAUUUUGCCGGACGCUGCUUGAUCACGUGACCGCCAAAACAUCAGAUGAGACACUUAGGAGCUUGGAUGAAUACAGAGAAGACCUCGUUAAGUUAGGGGAACUUGCCUGGCAGGCACUUUUAAAUGACUGUCUUUAUUUCGAGCUCAGCAACUUGUCUGAGGACAUUAGGUUAUUCCUUGAGAAGUUUAUCGAUUUUGGCUUUCUACAGACUUCUAAUCUUUCAGACUCUCCCCAUCCUGAGAAACUGGCGUUCUUUCUUCAUAAAACGGUGCAAGAAUUCCUUUCCGCUUCGUUUUUAGUUCGUGAAUUAAAAAUUGCCAAGGAAUCCUUCAACUGUCUGUCUAUGGUCGACUCAUUUAAACGUUUCACGGAGCUGUUUGAAGUUUUCGAAUUUGUGUCUGGGUUGUCAUCAGAAGCCGCCGUUGCUGUUUUUCGUCAUUUGAAGAUGAUAGGAGAAAAGGAAGGUCUGGCAGGUUACAACUUCUGUGAAAACCCUUCCGUUAAAGAACUCACAGAAAAACAAAGAAAGUUUUAUCAUAUCAGUCUCCAGUUGUUCCUUUCCCUCCCCACAUCAGAAAGGCAAGCUGUCUAUUCUUCUUUUCUGCAAAGUGUUAACGGUGUUAUAAUGAUAAAUGUUGAUAAUGACCUGCCCGCAGUUGCUAGAGAACAUUGUUUGAGAUCAACAAGUUCCCUUAAGCCAGAUUAUGUAUUUUUUACAGCUGAGGAACCAUCGGGAUUUAAUUUUGAAGAUGAGGCUGAUCAAACGUUCUCUGUCAUGUCUGAUUUGGAGGCUGUUUUUGUGACAUGGUAUGGUGAAGUACAAUCCGUGAAUACUUACCACGAUGGAGUCCCUUACCCGUCUUUCAUUAAGAAAGUUGGACAUCGAUUAGUGUACUGUGUAUCUCGCCUUAAUCUCCAAGGACCAACCAGUCUGAAAUUCAUUGAACUGCAAAGAUCAUCAACAUCAGCAUCAAAGGCUUCUCUUCAAGAGCCUGAUCACGUGUCACAGAAUCAUGAUGUUUGCAGCUUUUUGGAUUUAACUGAGAAAACAUCUGACCAGACUGUGACACACUCUCUGUCAUAUUUGAGACAGAUAACAUUUCGGGGCCCAACAAGUGAACUUGUCAGUUUACUCAAUGAUCUUCACCAUGUGCCUCGACUAUCUGAGCUCAAUUUAUGUAAUGUUGGUAUGGGGAAUCAAGAGUGCCAGUUACUUGCCACUGCUUUAAAGUAUGUUCAUAAGUUACGCCUACUGAGGUUAUCAAGUAACCCACUCGGUCACGGGAUAAGUGAGCUUGCCAAACACCUUCACAGUGUACCUUAUCUGGAAGAGCUGUGCCUGAAUGAUACACAAAUGGGUGAAGAGGAAGUCACAGCUUUAGCCCAUGGUUUAAAGAAUGUGACUCAGCUGAAUGAACUUAACUUAUCAAACAACCCACUCGGUCACGGGAUAAGUGAGCUUGCCAAACACCUGCACAGUGUACCUCAACUGAAAAACGUGCCCUUGAAUGAUACACAGAUGGGUAAAGAGGAAGUCACAGCUUUAGCCCAUAGUUUAAAGAAUGUGACUCAGCUGAAUAAACUUGUCUUACCAAAAAACCCACUCGGUCACGGGAUAAGUGAGCUUGCCAGACACCUGCACAAUGUACCUGAUCUGAAAGAGCUGAACCUGAAUGAUACACAGAUGGGUGAAGAGGAAGUCACAGCUUUAGCCCAUAGUUUAAAGAAUGUGACUCAGCUGAGUAAACUUGUCUUACCACGAAACCCACUCGGUCACGGGAUAAGUGAGCUUGCCAAACACCUGCACAAUGUACCUGAUCUGCAAGAGCUGAACCUGAAUGAUACACAGAUGGGUGAAGAGGGAGUCACAGCUUUAGCCCAUAGUUUAAAGAAUGUGACUCAGCUGAAUAACCUUCACUUAUCAAACAACCCACUCGGUCACGGAAUAAGUGAGCUUGCCAAACAGCUGCACAAUGUACCUCAUCUGGAAGUGCUGGACCUGGAUGAAACACAGAUGGGAAAAGAGGAAGUCACAGCUGUUGGCCAUGUACUCGUCUACGUACCAAAAUUGAAUUCCCUUUUGCUUGGCAAUAAUCCNACUUGUCUUACCACGAAACCCACUCGGUCACGGGAUAAGUGAGCUUGCCAAACACCUGCACAAUGUACCUGAUCUGCAAGAGCUGAACCUGAAUGAUACACAGAUGGGUGAAGAGGGAGUCACAGCUUUAGCCCAUAGUUUAAAGAAUGUGACUCAGCUGAAUAACCUUCACUUAUCAAACAACCCACUCGGUCACGGAAUAAGUGAGCUUGCCAAACAGCUGCACAAUGUACCUCAUCUGGAAGUGCUGGACCUGGAUGAAACACAGAUGGGAAAAGAGGAAGUCACAGCUGUUGGCCAUGUACUCGUCUACGUACCAAAAUUGAAUUCCCUUUUGCUUGGCAAUAAUCCACUGGGCCGUGGAGUGACUGAACUAAUCAAGUGUCUCAGUAGCUGUCCUCAGCUUGAUCAUCUCAAACUUGGAAGAGUUCAACUGACAAAGAAAGAAGCCACUGAGCUGUGUACUUUAGCAAAUAAAAGAGGCAUCAUCUUGCUCGCAGAUUAUGUUGUAAGUUUCUCUUUUGUUAUUUGCAUUAUUAAUGCUCGUAAUACCCAGGAACGUCCUGGUAGACGGUGGUUCAACUGACAAAGAAAGAAGCCACUGAGCUGUGUACUAUAGCAAAUGAAUUUAAGCUGAUGUUGUUGACGACAGAUUAUCAUGUAAGUUUCUCUUUUGUGAUUUGCAUUUAUUUUAUUUUCCGAUUAUUAAUGCUCGUAGUACCCAGGAACUCAGUCCUGGUAGACGGAAAGGAACCGUUUGUCAAAGGAGCUGUGUCGCCAUUCUUAUCCAAUACUAAAAAAGACACAUUUUUGUAAAAGAAAACUUGUCGAAUAGUGGUCCAGUCGUGACAACAAUUGCUAAUCUUUAGAUGUCCUGCAGGGUGGAAAUAGAUUGUACUAAUCAUACUCCGUUAAUAAUAUUCAGUUACUACCUUAGUGAGCUAAAAUGGAUUUCGAUAUCAAACUCAACUUCUGUUUAACGACAACUAUAUAAGUGCAGCUGUAACUGCACUAGAAUUGUUAAGUGUAUUUGUCUUUAGAUGGCCAGGAGGGAAGUGGAAUGCACUUUGAAAAGUUUUGACUUCAUUUUUGAGCUAUUUUGAAAAAAUAGCUCAUAUGUCAGUGGUGUGAGCGUAUGUAUCUUUGUGGCUUUGUAACUUUGUAUGUUCGGAUGUUUGUUGCAAGAGCCAAUAAGGUUAAAGGUACUAUUAGUUGAUGCUUAGGAACCAAUGAGAUCUUGGCAUCUAUUUAAACAUGGCAUUGGUAAAGGUCGAACAAGGGCACUUUGAGACCGCCAUCUUGAUCCUUCACAAUUUUUUUCGUCUUUUAUUACGGGUACAGGUGUUUGGAAGCAUUACAUAAAAUAUCUUCAUGAUUCAAACGCUGUGAACAGUGAUGCAGCUGUUUAAGGGUUCAUAUUUAAGUGUGGAUGCUGCUUCGAGGCAUUUCUGAGCUAAUUCGGCUAUCGGUACAACGCACGUCAGUAUGAGUUCUGUUUCACCUGCUACAACUAGGUAGAGUAUAAAAGAUCAUAUAUUUUCUAAUCUUUUCCAGUGAAGCAAUAAUUGACAUUUAGAUAUAGACUUUAAUUCGAAAGUAUGCGCCCUAUAGAAUCGCACGUGCAAACCUCGUGAAUUAUGAUGAUGCAACCAUCUACCACAAUGAUAAAAAUCCUGGUAUUUCGUAACUAUUCAGUAUUCGAAGAGUCACAUUUUGGCUUAAGAAACUCCGAGGAAACCUUAGAGUUUUCCUUCUAAUCAACGUUUGGUGAGUAGAAAUUUAUUUCACUUUAACGAUUUGUUUAACUUGCAUGAUGUAACAGAGAAAGACAGAGGAAAGUGAAUAUAUAGCUUGAGGAUCGACUCAGCUGAGUGUUUCGCGUUUUCAUUUAUGUACCGCAAUACGCAAUUUCGCAUGAAAACCCAAUCUACAUUUAGGAUGAAAGAGGUAGAUUCAUCACUCUUGGUAAGGUUACACCGAAGCAUUAAAGUUACACUGAAGCAUUCAAAAUAUCUCAUGCACGUUUAACGUGCCUAUGUUUCGAUUUCCUUCCCGUUUCGUUAAAAUGCGAACUUAAAAACUGCGGUUUCUUCUUGGCUAUAGGACACUAUUAACAUCUUACUCUUGCAACGUUACGGUUAAGCAUUUUCCUUAACGUUAAAUCUCGGGAUGAAGCGUAGCGAUGCUUUGAAUAAAAAUGUCGGUUAACUGAAAUAUAUAUUUGGAAUAUUAACGUCGGGAUUUGGUCACAAUAAGAUCACAAGCAACGAACCUUGAAACACAGAAACUCACAGAACGGAUCGAAAUCCACCAAUGAGAAAUCACAAACAAUGACCUUUUGAACCCGUUGACGUAAACUUUCGUUUCCUAAGAGGUCCGCUAAGAUGAUUGGCGUCCGACAUUUUUUUGACGAGAGGAUCGAAAUGCACCAGUCAUAGAAAGACAGUUUUAAUUGCAUGUUUCCUAAGAGGUCAUCUGAAUUUGCUGUUUUCUUUAUAUGUCCAUUUUCUUUUCCUUAUUUUGUGAUUGGUCGAUUUUGUUAGGUCGAGUGAAUAAUCCAAUGAGGGACGAUUUGGAUAUCGUUUGAUCCGCAAUUUUUCGAAGCAGCAGUAAGAAGCAUUUUGGAUAACAUUUGGCCGCAGCGUUUCGAGGAACGUGUUAAUAUACUGUUCAAUUAUGUUACCCCGGGUUAAACUAACAAAUGCACACACUAUUCGCGGUAGGCCCACACUAAAAAAUAACACUGAGUCGAAUGGAAUGGGCUGGUCCGCGAACUCAAAGAAAAACAAAGGAAAUUAUCAAGACAUUCAAUGUCAUCAAAGACUUAUGGACCCAGUAGACGCAAUGACAAAUCGGAAUAUCAGGAGUGUACGUGUAAAAUGGAUAAGAGUUUGAACAGAGGAAUGUUUAACAAGUUUGAGAGUUGCAAGAUUUGUGUAGCCAGUUAUCUGUGUGACAAUAGUGAUUUUGAUUUUUGCAUUGGGGAACACAACGAGUUGCCUGUGAUAAAAAUCUGUUUCGAUGAAGGAAGAGACGAUUGUCAACAAUUGAAACCAAAAGGUGAUAACUGCAACAAUUCUUUUUAUUAUUUCAAUUUUGUUUAGCAGGGUGACGGUUAAUGUACUUGUUUUUGUAUUACGUGUUAUGUUCUUUCAUCUAAUUGUGUAUAUUGUGACGCGGUACAUGUACGAUGCUGUUCGUCGGGAUUUUGCAUUAUCAGCAAGUUUUGCGUUAGAGUGUUUUGAUGGCAGCGAGGUGACGACAAGAGAAGGUUGGUGAUGAGCUAGUUGUACGUGUGAAAAUUGUGUUGUGGAGGAAAUAAAAGAAGUUGAAUUGAGAUCUCGUCGUGGGAAAUUUAUUUAUAACAGAACUUACAAUUCCAUUGGUUUAAAUCAGGUUAGUCAUUUCUCUCAACGCAGACUACCGACGAACAAAUUAAAAUCUUUGUUACAGAAAAAACGGAAGUGACACUUUUUAUAUGGAAGAGUACUCGGAAAAAUACACCAUUGUCGUGUGAAAUUCAUUGUUACGUUAAAAAUAGAAAAGGUUUACACUUAAACAGGUACAGAAGUAACCGUAACAUGGUGAGUUUUUUACUUAAAGGGCAACUGCAAAACUAGUUUGUAAACGAGGGAAGGUGAAUCUGUCAUCUAAGCAUCAAAGCACAAGCGAUUUAAGUGGAAUGAGAUAUCCAAAUAGGCUUUUAAGUAAGAAUUUGCCCCUCUGUUAUGCAAUUAUCCAUUUUAUAGUGCUUACAACAGUUUGAAUUACCGGGUUAAUUUUGGCCAAUUUAAGCUUUGUGCUGAUAUCCUGACCUGCUACAAAAACAAUUCAUGCUCCAUACUGUCAAGGAAACGUUACAGUAUUUGGCGAAAAUGCUAGACAACAAUGUGUCGCAAUGAGUCUGUGCGCUUUAAUUUACAGUAAGAUAACAAAGAUUACUUCAGUUGAUGAUAUGACUCAAAUAAUGAUUGUUGGUAUUCAAUUAUAUUCUAGUCUGUCACUGCUUGCAAGACAAUCUAUGUUAAUGUUAACAGAAUUGCCAGGAAUGGUUACAGUGUUUGAGCAAUUUUUCCACCUUGAAUACAGUGACAGUUAUACUUGUAACAUCCAUGGUGAUCCCAGAAUUGAAGGGUAUCGCUACUGUAUAUGCCACUCACAGGGUACAGCAUCUGAAACACUCUUGGCACUGAACUACAACUCAUUCAUUUUGACAGUGGCAAUUAUUGGUAUUGGUAUCUGCAGCAUUGAGGCUGGGGGAUAUAAUGUAUUUGAUUCUCAUGCUAGAGAUAUAUAUCAUAACAGUCAUAGUGAAGGGACAUGUGUAUUGUUGGAAAUACCAUCCAUGCAUAAAUUAGUACUAUAUUUUCAGACUCUACAUAGGAAUGAGGAUAUAUAUGAACUUAAAGGUGUACAUAUUGCCUCCUUUGAACCUCAUCUUUUCUCAAGCAAUGUUGAACAUUGUAGUAUAUCAAAUGUUAAUAGUUACCAAUGUUCCUGUAAACAGUGCUGCCCUACAGCAGUUUAUGCAAUGUGUUACUCUCUUAUUAAUCCUUGUAAAUACUGGACUUAAGGAACUUUAUUUGCCCUGGUUAGUAACCGGAAUACACUGCACAAUGUGAUGGGUGUGAAACCACAUCUGUCAGUCAAUCUUCCUCAAAGUGUCAGUGUCAGUGGAGCUGAGAUAAACCUUACUCUUCAGGCUGUAACCACUCAUGUCCUAUGUUGCAAUUUGGUUCCAAGCAUGUCUGCAUUGAAGAUGUGCAUAUUUUCAAACAUUGUCCAGCUGUAUAAGCUGUGUGGUUCAGCAAACAAGUGGAGUAAAGGAUUUAUCUUCUCUGGUAAGAUAUGAUGACAGUUGUUUUGCUGCAACAAGGCAUGUUUAAAGUAUCAUACCUCUAGUACGACCACGCCCAAAUAUACGCUCCCACAGCGUCUUGUUUUACUAGUAAAGCGAGGAACACGUUUGCUUAAGUUUCAACCAUUGUAAUGUGCUGUACCGUGUGUUUCAAGCCAAUAAUUGGCAUGUUCCAUGGAAAAUCAGUAGAGCACUUUACUGUAGAGUUGGAGGUCGCGGGUUUGAUUACCGUGACCGCACUAAUACGUAAAACAACUACGUAGUGAAGGUACUGCCUUUGCCCUGCGUUGCUCCACUGACGUUGAAGUGGCAGUCCCGUCUCCAGUAGGAGACAUAAAAACUGUGUCCGCAGUUAGUACAGUGGAACCUCGACAUAACGAAGGGCCAAGGGACUGGCAAAAUGCUUUCGCUUUAACAAGGUUUCGUUAAAUCGAGGUGUUUUUUUAUCCAUUUUGCUAUCACUGGGAUAAAGAAAAUCGUUCGUCAGACGGAGGACUUCGUUAUAUAGAGGUUCGUUAUAUUAAGGUUCUACUGUACUUCCAUGCAAAAUACAUUCACACUUCAAGUGAAGUAGGGUAAUGAAAUAAGGCGGAGUGGCGAAGGUUUCGUUUUUUUCAUCGCAUUCGCUACGUUGCACAAAGAGCCUCUACUUUUUUUGACCAGUAGCAGCCUCUCAGUUCUUCCGCGAGGUGCGAGAAGAUCAGGACAAAACGUAACCUGCGACCAGGGGAUCUUUCUUUCCUUUUGUUUUGGAGGCGAGGGGAAAAGACUUUCCCGAAAAAAAAAACGCUUGAUCGCAGGUUAACAAAACGAGGAAUUUUUCUGUUUAUAUAGUUUACCUUGUUUACUGAUUACACGUGUGCGUUUCGAUAAAGUAAUGACUUUUUCAAUCACGCUGAGGUUGGUAGGUAAUUAGAGAUACACCAUUGUUUUCGCAAAACAAUCAUGGAUACCAUUUUCACGAUCACUAACGAAUUAACUCUACGUUGUUUUUAAUCCGUUGCUGUUUGUCUUGUUUAUUAGACCUGGUGGUUUCCCCCAUAUCGCCUACUUACUGAGGCAGAACUACAACAGUGGAGAAUAGUCACAUUUGAUGAAGAGUGA